AUGGCAACCAUCACUUCGAGCACAAACAACUGUAUCAAAUUUGUUCCCCGAGGUAGCAAUCCCGUCUGGCUACGCAUCCAUCCUGGCCAAGGCUGUUGGUCCUAUAUGGGCAGAACGAAAAGCAACGGAGCUCAAGAUGUAUCAUUGCAACAGCCUGGGUGUGUUCAUGAAGGUGUGGCUAUUCAUGAAUUUUUGCACGCUUUGGGAUUUGCUCACGAGCAAACACGACCUGAUCGUGAUAGAUACGUCAAGGUCUAUCCAGAGAACAUGAUAUCAGGCACUGAGCAUAACUUCCAGCGUUUUACAAACAGCGAAAUCAACACACUUGGCGAAGCGUAUGAUUAUGGCUCAAUUAUGCACUAUCAAAAUGAUGCUUUCUCGAAAAAUGGCAAACCAACCAUUCGACCGUCGUUGGCCGGUUACGAAAAUUGGGAAUCACAGAUGGGUCGACUUUACAAGUUGAGCGGACAAGAUAUUCGAAAGCUGAAGAAAUACUACAAUUGUGGAUAG